UUCAGUGCAACACCAAACAAUUGAUCAGCGUAAACAGCAGCAUUCAUUUGACAGUAAAAUAGCUAAAGUUAAACGACAAUAAUCAUCACAAACGUUCGUUUUUGUACUGUUUUGACUUCAUGUCUGAGUUUUAUCAAAAGGGAAAUAAUACCUGCAUUGUUCACAGUGGAUAACGUCAAGUUCGAGUGGAGCUGGGUAUGCAGGAGCCUAUCCCAGAUGUCUUUGGGUGAGAGGCGGAGUACACCUUGGACUGGUGGCCAGCCAAUCACAGGGCACAUAUAGACAAACAACCAUUCACACUCACAUUCAUACCUAUGGACAAUUUGGAGUCGCCAAUUAACCUAGCAUGUUUUUGGAAUGUGGGAGGAAACCGGAGUACCCGGAGAAAAGCCACGGACGCGCUGGGGAGAACAGAGAUGCCCAAGUGGAGGAUCGAACCCAGGUCUGUGAGGAGAUCUAACCACUCGUCCACCAUGCGGCCCAGUAUAUAAAUGGUCUUCACAACAGGAACAAUUGUCAACAUUUCAAUGAUGACUGAAAAAGAGGAAGCAGCUGCAGGAAGAGGCGGGGUUAUCCUCUGACCAAUGGACAUUCAGAAAAGUACUCGACAUUCCCCGCCCUCGGUGUAAAAGUGCCGGCCUUCCCUGAGUGGCAGCUCAGACGUGAUGCUUGUGGGAGCCUGAUGAGGAUUCAGUCUACUUUUCACACACACAUUGUUGGAAAACACACACACACUGUGGACACGCGUGCGUGGCGGCACUGGACAACUGCAAGCAAACAUGAACAAACUUGCCAAGGCUCUUUAUGACAACACGGCAGAGUGUGCAGAGGAGCUGGCCUUCAGGAAAGGAGACAUUCUAUCAGUGAUGGACCAAAACCUCGCUGACACCAGCGGAUGGUGGAUGUGUUCUUUGUACGGCAAGCGGGGGCUCGCCCCGGCCAACAGACUGCAGCUCAUACCAGUCAUUGAAAGCACCGCGGGUUCUAGAAGCCAUUACACAGACAAAAACAAGUUCUGUAAUCCUGAAAGUGACGACAGUGUGCUGAAUAUCUACCAGAUCCCAAGUCUGCCUCCAAACGGACAAAUCAACACCAUCUACAAGAUCCCCUCCAAUUGCUUGUCAGCUUCAGUAACGUUGAACCGUGUGGCUCUUCAGCAAAAUACAAAUACACAAGCCAAGGAAGAAAAGAAGGUGUAUGAAUCACCACCAUCCUUGCAUCGGGACAGGAAAUGUGACAUCCCUGCACCUUCAGUCACUGAAGCCCAACAUAAAGUCGUCAAUGGAUACAGCACUCUUCCCAAUCCCGGCAAGGCUGACUGGAUUUAUGAUAUACCAGCGGGUACUGACAAACAAGGCCAACCCCAGAGCAACUAUAAUACAAUUCCAGCCAAAUGUGUUGGCAGCCAGCUCUAUGACACUCUUCCACUGCAUGCUUGUCCAAAUAGAAGGCUGAGCUCAAACCAUUUGCUUUACGAUAUACCAAAACCCUGUUUUCUUGGCUACGCGAGUCCACCCAAGUUACUGCCAAGAGUCCCAAUUUAUGACAUGCCGCCAACUCAAAGGCUUUGCGAGAACGUUCCACUUCACGAGGAUUUGCAAGUUGUCAGUGAUCCUUUUAGUGAUCAUUUACCUCUGGAGUGUCGGGGUGACUCAAGCAUUGGUCGUGACUUCGCAAAGGUGAACCUUUUCAGGGUGACGUGUACAUCUUUCCGAAGCCGUAAAGGCAGUGGGGAGGACAAAGAGCGAGGUAAAAGUGUAUGUCUCUCUGCAGUUGAGAGUCAAAGAAUCAGCACGGCAUCCAACUCCUCGAGCAGCUCUUGUGACUCUCUGAGCUCAUCUUCUCUGGAGCCUUUAAGAGAAGUGACACUGGGACAGGACGAGGCCUGUCGCACUCUACUGGACCUGCAGGAGCCCAUUUGCCAGGCUGUUCCCAAGCUCAUGGAGUUCGUCAGCAGUCGCUGGAGGAACAAAGAACAUCUGGAGAAGCACCUCCAGGAAAUACAAGUUGCGGCAGAAGGAAUUGCUUAUUCUGUGACGUGCUUUCUGCAUUUUGCCAGUGACAUUAAGGGAAAUGCACAACAUUUGAAAGACGCCAACCUUCAGGCAAGACUCUGGAAACAAGUGUCAGUAGUAGAGGAUUCAGCAGAGAUCUUGCAACAAACGCUGAGCGGUCUCAACUUGGCCGGCUGGCCCCUUGACACACUCUGUCAGGAUCCAGGGAAAGUCCAGACGCUUGAUCAACUGGAGCGCUUUGUUAUGGUGGCCCGUACCGUGCCAGAGGAUGUCAGGCGCCUGGUGUCCAUUGUAAUUGCUAAUGGAAAGUUAUUGUUCAAAGUCGCUCCUGAUCCAGUGGUUGGUAAAAACACAAAUAAGAACGAAGCAAAGAAAAUUAUGGAUGGGUGUCUUGGAGACUUGGCAGAGGACGACAAUGACUACGUGGAACUACAGAUGAAAAAUGAUGUUGAAAAGCAAGGAAAAGAACAUCACACGAAACCAGAAAAGAAUGCCACGCUAGCGUCUACCGCGAUACAAGCCGACAAACAACAGUCCUCUAAAUCUUGUCACGCAAAUACAGAAGAACGUCGUCCAUCUUCCAUGUCGGAACACUGCCGCCUCUACUUUGGUGCUCUUCAAAAGGCAAUCGCGGUUUUUAUAGGAAGCCUCCAGGCUGGCCAGCCACCAGAAAAGUUCAUCUCGCAAAGCAAACUCGUGAUCAUGGUGGGCCAGAGGCUUGUGGACACCCUGUGCAAGGAAGCGCACAGCGGAGGGUCCAGUCCGAGCCUCCUGGGUAAGAGCAACCAUCUGUGUGCUCUUCUCAAGCAGCUGGCUGUAGGCACCAAGAGGGCGGCCUUGCACUUCCCAGACGAGCAAGCUCUACAUGAGCUUCAACAGUUUGCAAAGGAGCUUUCUCACAGGGCACAACACUUUCGAAUAUCAUUUGAGCUUUGAGAUACUUUCCAGACUGGACACGGCAUGAUGACCAUGGGGGUAUUGUUCAUGUUUUUAUUUACUGUUGGAUCUUGAGGAGAUUCUUCUAUGUAGAAUACAAGAAGAUGAAAUGGGAGCGAGACAAAUACAUUUUAGAGUAAGCAGUUUAUUGCAAACAGGUAUGAAAGUGAACUAUGCUGUUCAGCUGAUCAAAGGUUUAAGACCAUCAUAGCUAAAAAAAAAAAAAACUCCCCCCCCAAAACUGGAAAUAAAAUGUUCCAAAAAGGAUUAAGUAAUGACUUAAUAAUCAUUUCAUAAGUGGGUUUGGGCAUGCUUGAUGCCAGUGUUUCCAGGAGGCCAGUGGGAAUGUUGCUCCAGGUGGUGAAGAUGGCUUCAUGGAGGGCAUGUCCUGUCUGGAACUGAUGUCCAUUUUUGUAAACUUUCCUUGCCAUCCAUCCCUAAAUGUUGGAUUUAGAUCAGGGGAUCAUGUAGGAUGGUCCAUAAGAGUGAGGUUAUUCCUCUGGAAGAUGUCCUUCUUGUCCAGUUGAAAAAGACAAUUAUUACUACACAGACGAGGGCCUUCAGUCAUGAGGGAUGCCCCUUGUAACAACUCCACAUAGCCAGCUGCUGUUUGACGCCCCUGCACAACUUGAAGCUCUAUUGUUCCAGUGAAGAAAAAGUGAAGUUAGAUUUUUUGGCCUAUCAUUUGAUUUUUUUUCUUCCAUAACUCUCAGUAUCUUUGAAGAAGUUUCACAUGACUGUCUUACUGUGUCCAAUCUCAGUAGCAAUGACACGGUGUAGGAAGCCUUGCUUAUGCAUCUCAACAAUGCGACCGCGUUCAAAGAGAGAAAGUUUUUCUGCCAUCAAGUGACCAUGACAAUUCCCAUUUUUGCCAAGAUGUUGGCUUUUAAAGUUAUUUAGCCUUAGACUUCUGAUCAUCUUCACUUGGAACCUACUUAAGGUCCAUCAGUGCACAAGGGAAAUUCUUGCAAUUUCUACUGGUCUUAAAGGGGACCUAUUAUGCUUUUUCCACUUUUCUGACCUAUAAAUGUAGUUACAAUGUUGUAUUCUCUUGUUAAACGAUGCCAAAGUUUCAGAUAAUGAGUUUGCACAUUUGAAAGUGAGCCCUGAAAGAAGUUUGGGAUGGCUCAAAACGCUCAGUUUCAAAAGGCGUGGUAAAACUGCCCCUUAGUGAUGUCACAGAGGAGCGGACUUCCUUAUAUGGUUCAUAGUUAGGAAGCACUGUGGGCGUGUGACCAAUCACAGCUGUGGGUGCAAUAAAUUAAAACAGAUCGCAGGAAGCACAAUUUUGCUUAAUUGUUUUUUCAUUUUUAUUCACGUACCCCCUAUAGAAAUUGACGUACGCCACUUUGAGAACCACUGAACUAAAACAACAACCUGUAGAGGUCACGAGUGAAGGUAUCACUAUCUACUCGUCAUAAAAGACUUCAUCAACAAAAGUACAAUGGUGACAACGGCUGUCCCAAUACUUUUGGAGGGCAUUAUAAUAAAUAUAUUCUUGCCUAGAUACCUCUCCAUUAGUGUCAAUCUCAAUACGCUGAUCAUAUUUUUGUUAUGAAUGUUGUUAGAUCACAGGAAUGUGGGAAAGGCUGUUCCCAAAUAACAUAACAUUACAAUAUUGUACUCAGCCAAAUAUUCCAUUUAUGUUUUGAUAGGAUAUGUUUGCCUUGGGUGCUUAUAUUCAUUUGAUGGGCCUAUCAUACUGCAGCAGUUCCAACUCUUAAAUAAAAUAUGCUGGACAUUUAUUCAAUAAAAAUGUCAACUGUCAUAU